AUGGCCCCGAAGCUUGCGACUGGAUCGCCUGACCCCGUGCCAUCGUCACCGGGCACGAUGAGUGCCUUGGUCGUCAAUGAGAAGGGCACGAGCGCAAAUGCACAGUGCAAGAGAGCCCUUUUCGAGAAACGCUGGUUAUUUGGCGUCUAUAUAGCUCUGGGUAUAAGUCUCACUCUUGUCAUCGAGAGACACGGUUUCAACAUAGCUUCAUUUAUCCGGCCCUUAUCUGGCAGCCUUUCACCUGCUUCAGCUCGACAAUGGGACGACUAUUCUGACGGGGACUAUACCAUUACCAAUAAACUGAUAGCGGCCAUUACCAUGGCACGCAUCUUCGUACAUUCACUUGUUGCUCUUGUCCUCUCGGCAAUAACACGUGCACUACCCUUCACGCGCCAGAUGAGCCUGGAUUAUUCCACAUCGGAGGCCGGGAACCCCUUUGUAGACGGAUGGUACGCGGAUCCCGAUACCGAGUUCUAUGAAGGAAAGUAUUGGGUUUUCCCUACGUCCUCUUAUGCAUAUGACGAGCAGACGUAUCUUGACGCCUUCUCGAGUUACGACUUGAUUCAUUGGGAAAAGCAUGAGAACAUUUUGACGAUAGCAGACGUCAAAUGGGCGACGAGGGCUGUUUGGGCGCCUGCACCGAUAUUUCGAGACGGGAAAUAUUACUUGUACUUCGGUGCCAAUGACAUUCAGGAAGGCGAGCCAGAGGCUGGUGUCAUUGGCGGCAUUGGAGUCGCGGUAGCCGACAAGCCCGAGGGUCCUUAUGUUGAUCCCAUCGGGAAGCCACUCAUUGGAGAGUACCAUAACGGCGCGCAGCCCAUAGACCAAGAUGUCUUCAUCGAUGAUGAUGGGCAGGCCUACAUCUUUUACGGCGGUCACUCACACUGCAACAUCGCCAAGUUAAAUAACGAUAUGGUCUCCAUCGGGCAGUUUGACGAUGGAACAUCGUUCAAAGAGAUCACCCCCAAGGGCUAUGUUGAGGGAUCUCAAAUGAUUAAGCGUAAUGGGAAAUACUACUUGAUGUGGUCAGAAGGUGGAUGGACUGGGCCGGACUACAGUGUCUCCUAUGCCAUGUCCGACUCAGUCAUGGGCCCGUUUAUUAAGCUGGCAAAGAUCCUCGAACAGGAUUCAGCUGUAGCCAAGGGCAGUGGUCAUAACGGUGUUAUUCACAUCCCCGGCACUGAUAUUUGGUAUAUUGUCUAUCAUCGACGGCCACUUAGUGAGACAGAUGGCAAUCACCGGGUAUUAGCAUAUGAUCGCAUGUACUUUAACGAAGACGGUACGAUAAGGGCAAUUAAGAUGCUUGUUAAGGACAACUUCGCAGACGGACAGGCAAUAGGGUGGAGACAGUACGGUGAUGGAUGGUCCGUUGUCAAUGAACGGCUUACGAGCUCAGGAGCAGCUACUGCGAUGCUUGAUACAAACUUUGGAGACCUCGUGUACGAUGCUACUAUCGCGGUUCCAGACUCGCACACCGAUGCAGGCCUCUUAUUCCGCGCAACCGGCGCUUCGGGUGACUUAAACGGAUACCACACCAGGAUAUCUGCUUCGGGAAGUGUGACCCUUGAGAAAAUCACCAACGGCACAUUUUCCGUUUUGAGCCGGGGAGAAGUGAUUAUUGCGGCAAAUAGGGAAUACCAUGUCAGGGUUGCAGCGGUGGCUUCUAAAAUCAAUGUCUUUGUUGAGGAUAUGGAGGCCCCUAAGAUCACUGCGACUGACGAUUCGUUCUCUUCGGGAAAGGAUGGCGUGCGUUCGUCAGCAGCUGGGGUCCGAUUCGGCUCCAUUUCUGUAGCAAAGGCGUAG